AUGGCACCAACCCCUUCCUCCGCAUCUUCUUCGACAUCAUCACCUUCCUUGUGGGAAAGUAUUUUGAAUGCCUUGAAGCAACACAAGGGUCUUGCUGCCGUUCUCGGUACCACAGCUGCUUCAGUUGUUGGGUUUGUUCUCUACUCGGUCUUCUCAAAGAAUAAAUCAACGAAAAAGUUGGCCGUUAGCAUCAAGAACACUACCACAGAAAAGAAGCCAACAAAAGAAGUGGCCACAUCUGAACCUGUAGAGCCCGAAUUCAUCUUGUAUGAUGAGGCUGAUUCAGUGCCUUCAACACAAUCAUGGAAGAGUUAUUCUCAUAAAAAGAUUGGUAUUUCCUUCAAGAUGCCAACAAGAUAUGAAGUUGAAGUUCAUUCUCAAGGUCCAAUCACUACAAUCACUCUUGUAGAUACAAGUAAUAUGAAUAUGAUGAUGAUGGGAGGUGAUCCAAAUGCAACAAUGAUCACGAUUGAAGAUGUUCCUCCAGAACUUGAUAUUAAACAAUAUUUAAAGAAUAACGUUUCUGCCCUUGCUCAAACUCAAGUACCAUUCAAAGUUGAAGAAGAGAAAGAUAACGUGAAGGUUAAUGGUAUUCCAGCUUGCCAAAUGAUCUCCGAAUUGUCUGGCCAACAAAAAGUGAAAAUUUUCGCUGUUGCUUUCAAGAAUCCACUUGACUCUAGCAAAGUUUUCAUGGUUCAACAUAUUUGUACUGAUUUAAAGACAUUCAGUACCAAGAUUGAACAAACCAAGAAUCUUAUUCGUACAAUCACACUUCAAAAAGCAGAAUUGUUCGGAAAGGUUUCAUACAGAAAUGAUAAGCUUGGAUAUAUUCUUCAUUUGCCAAGUACUAGCUUCUUGGCUACCGGAAAUGCUAAUGAUCGUGCACUCUACCUCAGUGGAAAGGACGUUCAAACCUACUUGUUUAACUAUUCAAAGGAUGAGCUAAUUGAUAGAGAAAUUGUUAUCAUUUCAAACGGAUCUGUUGAUUUUGAACAAUUUGUUCAAGAACAAAAACAAUCUCAUUCAUCCAAGGAGAAGUACCACAACGUUGGACACAUGAAGAUUGGUACUUGCAAUGGAGAAAUUAUCACAUACUCUGCCAAAUGCAAUUCCUAUGUUGCAAGCGAGAAAGAAAAGGCAGAUAUUCAACAUGUUUAUGACUUUAUUGAAGUUUAUUUCCAACGUGGAUCAACAGUUUACACUAUUUUGGGAAGAUCAUUACCACAAGUUAGUGAGAAGUUUAAUGUUGAAUUUGUUACCAUGAUCAAGAAGAUGAAACUCUUCGAUGAAGUUGAUCCUGCCGGCACUGAACAUUUAAUUUACGAGAAUAGCGAAUUCAAUUUUAAGAUUUCCCAACCAGUGAGCUUGCAAUCCAUUGUCAAGGAAAAUAGCUCUGAUAAUCCAGUAGUGACACUUUUGACUCAAGGCGAUGAAAGUAGCCUUCCUUUGGAAACAUUGGUUACCAUUGCCGAGCCAAAUCAAAUGAUGCCUGUUUCUGACUUGGACAGUUUGGUUCAACUUGUUAAGGCUGAAUUACAAAUGGUUCAAUUAUAUUCUGGUGGUGCCCCAGUAGAAAUUAAGAGAGAUGAAAUUAUCAAACUCAAAGAUGGUAGCGACGCUUUCUCUAUGGUCUAUGUCAUGGUAGAUGGUAUGACUGGUGAAAAUUUGGUCAUGCAUCAAACCGGAUUGUUGUUGCCUUCUAAAAAGAUUGCCUCUAUCAAGAGUUACACGUAUCAACCCAUGUAUAAUGAAAACGUCAAGCACCUUUUCGAUGAAAUCCAUUCAUCAUUCCGCAGCAAGUAA